AUGGAAGCCUCUCAGGCCCCAGCAUCUCCCCACGAAAAUGUUUCUGUGAAUCGGGCCAACACAUUACGUUCUAUCGAAACCAGAUAUGAGCAGAUGCUCCUUGAUGAAGUUCCCUGGUACUUAAACCUAGUUGCUGAGUUUGCACACUGGGCGCUCCUUGCUGGGUAUCUGGUUAUUCCCGGCACAUUUACUUCACUUCAGAAAUCGGAUGCUCUAGAGAAGAGUCUGGACAAGACUGAGGCUGGUAAAGCCAUCCUCAAUACCAUCCAGAAUCCCCCGCUUGUAGCAAUUGCAGUGUUUCUCUUUGUCCUCGGUGCCGUAUUGACUGCCUGGCUUUUCUGGGAGCGAAAAAACAACUAUAUAUGGCUCAUCAACCGCCUGUUUAUGUAA